CUCUUUCAAAAGCAAAAAAAGGAAACGCAUCCCGAACGCUGCCCGGAGGCUUCCUUCAAACGUUUCCCGCGGCUCCCCGGCGGCUUCCGGCCGCCAUUCGCUCUUUCUCUCUCUCCCCAUCCGUAGGACGGCGGCGGUGCUGCGCGUCGCGUCGCCUCGUGCACAUACGUGCACACGUCAGUCGCAGUUUACGGUACAUACGCACACACGUACGCACACGAGAUCCUCUCCGACACAGAGGAUUUGAAUCUUACAUACUUCCGCGAAGCGUGCCGCGCCGCAGCUCGAAGCGAAGCAUCGCGGUGCCGCGUCCGUCCGCGUCUCCCGAGGAAGUGGUGCGUCCCGCGUGCGGUACGCCGCGGUCGUCGUCGUCGCCACCGCGGAGCGGUAGCUCGCAGCCACUCGAGCCUGACUCGCGCGCGACUUAUGCCUAGGUGACCCCGCGCGCUCUUGCGACUUUCUCCAACCUAAUUUCCCGAACGCAGACGUCGAGCGAGCGCCAUUCAGCCAGCGAGUCAGCCAGCCAGACGGACGGACAGACGGACGGACGGCAAGAACCGUCGUCUCCUCUUUGUCAUCGUCGCCGCCGACGUCGACGUUGCGGUCGGCGCCAGCGGUCGUCGCCGUCGUCGGCGACGUCAUCAUCAUCAUCAGAAGCCAUCGCAGUUCAAGUCUCUGAUACGGAAUGGGUAGCAGCAGCCAGCUGUACAGUCUCUCGUGGGGAGAGUUCAGUUCCUCGUUGGCCUCCGCGGUGCAGCUCCUCAGAGGAGACGGCGAUUUGGUGGACGUCACUCUGGCUGCCGGUGGCCGCAGCUUCCCCGCGCACAAAAUUGUCCUCUGCGCCGCCAGUCCCUUUCUGCUGGACCUGCUGAAGAGCACACCAUGCCAGCACCCGGUGGUCAUGCUGGCCGGAAUCACAGCCAACGACCUGGAGUCUCUGUUAGAAUUUGUAUACCGGGGGGAAGUGAGCGUGGAGCCGUCGCAGUUGCCUUCGCUGCUCCAAGCUGCUCACUGCCUGUGUAUCCAUGGUCUGACACCGCCGACCAUUCUAACGGAGAGCGGAGAGGAGAUCCCCGCGUCGGCGAUACCGGCGGUGAACGAUAGCGUGUCGAGAGCGACCCUUAAUUCGUAUUACCCGCUCAAGCGGAGGAAAAAGAGGAGGAAGUCGUCCACGUCUUCCGGAAAAUGGGCCUGCACCAGUAACACCACCGACAGCGAGAGCAGGCCUAUAGACGGACACGACAACAACCGAACAAUGCCUUACGAGAAUAAGGACGACGACACUACGGAUCAAACUGACGAUACAGCGGGCAACUGCCUGGGGUACGCGAACAACCAUCAGGGCAGGAGCCACUCAUCGCGUAUGCAAGAGUCCUCCGUCGUGGACAAUCACCGGACGGCGGCGGCGGCACAUCAGGAUCACGCGUCGGACGGCGAGUCGCACUCGGUGAUGCCGAUAUCGGGGUACUCGCCAUUGCACAUACCACAGUUCCCCGGCUCUAUGAACAUGGGCUAUUCCCCCGGGUUGUCGCUCGGCCAAGCGGGCUCGACUUGUGCGUUAACCGGCAAAACACGCGGCGCCUCCGACUGUCCGGGUAUAUGCCCGUUGUGCGGGGCGACGCUCCGUCAGGCGAGGAAUCUGCGCAGGCAUCUGCUGUCGUCGUGCAAGUACCGCUUCGGCAACAACACGGUGACGCAGAACCUCGGCAGCGACUCGAUGAUGAUGGAGGUUAAGCCCGAGGUCGAACUGCCCGGCUACAACGACCAGGAGGGGACCCGCGGCAGCGCCGACAGCGGCGGUAGCAACCACAGCUGCGAGCAGAUAGUCUGCAAGCCCAGCCUACUCUCGCCGACGCACCGCACGCGGGACGCGGUGUCGCCGCACAGGAGCAUCCCAUCCCCGACAAUCGCGAGAUAAAUUGUACAGGAGGGGAGGGAGGAGAACUCGUCGGGGACGACGAGCACGCGCGGGAACGCGUCGUCGUUCGUCAUCCGCAUCGUUGCCUGGGAAAAGGGAUUUCUCACGAUAGUUUCCGCCUCAGUGACAGCCGACGACGAUGGCGCUCAUCUGCGGACUCCGAACUCGGCGUCGCGAAUAUUCGUCUUCCUGUCCGCGUGUACUUACGUGAGAGUUCGUGCUGUGUGCUUCCGUCGCUCGCUCCGAGCGAGAAUCGGGAGGGUGGACGUGAGGACGGUGAAGGAUCGUCGACGGACAUCUCGCUUGUGCGGUACAGUUGUGCAAUGCCGCACCGGUGCGGAAAGGACUCGAGGUGGCGACGAUGCGCCGGGAAAUUCGAGUAGCGCCCGCCGUGCGAAUCGGUAGGGGAAAGCCCGAGACUAUUCGCGAAGUCUUUCUGUGAUUGACCUCUUCAGGAAUGAUCACAAACAUGUGUUUGGGUAUUUUACUUUUUUCAUUCGCACAUUGUCGACAAAACGUAACAAACAUUGUUGUGAGUAAACACUAAUCACGAGGCAUGACAGGAAAAAGAGAGGUUACUGUUAGUAUUAUUAUUAAUUUUUUUAACGGGAGAUUAACCCUUACGUAAUGGAAAGCAAGAUAAAGAAGCAAAAAAAGAUAUAAAUGCAUACAUUACGGGAACGCAGAGAGAAAAGAAAUAUUUACAAGUGAAAUCUAAAGAGAAGGGAAGGAAAAGCAUAUCGAGAGGUUAAGUACAAUUGAUUAAUAUAUAUAUAUAUAUAUAUUUUUUUUUUUUUUUUUAAAGAAAGGCUGUUUCAUAUGAGAUCUCGUCAUAUGGUUAAUCCUAAUUUGACAGCUUUUUGGCACCUUAAUUUGGUACUGGGGUUACUUGUGUCCUCACUUAUUUAAAGUUUGCAAAAGUGCUAACAGAAAUCUAUCAAAAAUCACGUAUGUAUUUUUAAAUCUAUAGAAUAGAAUUAUGCGAAGGAAUAAUCGCAAAUGUUCACCCAGAUAUUUGAUUAAAAAUAUAAAGAAAAGCACGAUAAAAACAUGAGUCCAUAAUGACACCUUAGUACAAUUAAGUACGAUUAACAUGUUUCGUAAGUUGCCGGUGGCCCGCGCUGAACUUUUUGUUUGGGCUGAGAUUUUAGUUUUAAAAUGGAAUAAUCAUGCAACACUUAGAUACUUUGAAUUAUUAUAACACAUGUUAUAGUCUAACAACAUGUAAUUCAUAAUACGGCAUGGGUCACCCGUGACGCCACGCAACAUGAUGAGCUAUUUAAAAUUGAUUUCGCGCAGAAUGUAUUAACAGAUUUCAUCUGUCACUGAAAAAGAUCAAAUCAUUUUCUCUUGAUUUUAACAAAUUUCUGAAGAGGUUAAUUCCAAUAUUAACGUGUGUGUAAGACUUGUGUACGUUGAACAUAGUUUUCGCGAAUGUCCCGAGUUCGUCAGAUGUCAAAUGACGAAUAUGAGGUGCCUGGUGUAACCGAACGAGGGACUGCACUGCACAAGCGACACGUCCAUCGAUGAUUCUUCACCAACCUCUGCUCCAUUUUCUCCGAUCGUUCUCUUUGGAGCGAAUUACGGAAGUGCACAGAAUGAAUUCUUAUAUAAUUACACCCGAACUCGACGUAUGCGACUCCUCACGUGUACUUACAUGAGAGAUAAUUGUGUGCAUGUGUGUGUGCUUCCGUGCUUCGCUCCAAGGGAAGCGAACGAGGAAAGUGGAUGAUGAAGACGGUGAGGGAUCAUCGACGGACAUCUCGCUUGUAUAAUUAUUUUGUUCGGUUACACCGAGCGAUCGCACUCGUUAUUUAACAUUAGACUAAAUUCGAGAUCCUCGCGGAGACCUGUUACGUUCAACAUACACGAAUCUCUCACGUUAGAGUGUAAGCCAAUAGUAUAGGAAUAAUCACAGCGCAAUUCUGAGAACAGCACCGGCGAGCGAGAGAGCAAGAGAGAGAAAGAGAGAGAGAGAGAGAGAGAGGAGGGGAGAGAAGUGCGCGACCUGCUCGAUAUUCUUUUACUGUCAGAUUUUUAGACGAAUCUCAGUGUGUGGACAACUUGCGCGUGUGUGUGUGUGUGUGUGUGUGUGUGUGCGUGCGUGCGUGCGUGCGUGCGUGCGUGCG